GGGGCGGAGCGGAGAUGCCACCGCUGGAGCCGGGCGAACCGGGCGGAGCCGCGGGCGAGGCGCCCCCUGCUGGAGCCGGGCGGGCCGGCGCGGGGGCCGUGCUGGGGGCGCUCCCGCGGGACCUGCUGGCCGAGCUGUGCCAGCGAGCCGCCCAGCGGGUUCAGGCCGGGGUCCCCGCCGCCGACGCGCCGGAGCUGAGCCAGCGGUGCCGGGCGGCGGGCGUGGAGAUCGGCCCCGCGGACCUUGCCCGGGCGGCGCGUGCCCUCGCCUGGCUGUUCGGCACAGCAGCAAGAAAUAAACUCUCCUCUGAAGAACUCUCUGCAGAACUAGGCAAAACCUUCAGUUUUCUGCCAAAACAAGCAGGCCAAGUUAUCCGGCAGGUGUGGAACGAGAAGAGAAAAUCUCUCAUCGAAUCCGAGGAUGCCAAAGAUGGGGCAGCGGCCGGACAGCUUAUUGAUUUUCAGUGGAAGCUGGGAAUUGCCAUCAGCGCCGACAGUUGUAAAUCCUUGAAGUCGCCUUAUGUCACGGUGGCGUUAAAAGUUGCUGAUGGUUCAGGGAGCAUCACGUGCAAAACGUUUGAAAUGACAGUCCCUCAGUUUCAGAACUUCUACAGCCAAUUCAAGGAGAUGGCGAGUGUUCUUGAGACGUUUUGAACAGUGGUUCGGCCUUUCCAUGCACCCUGUCUCCCAAAACAUUAGUGCUACAGAAACAGAUGUAGGUUUAACUUUCCAGUUUCCAACAUGACUUUAUCCCCCUGAAGAGCUGCAAACUCUCUUGUGUUGACUGAAAUGUCACAUGCAAGUCAAAGGAUCUCCUGUUUCACCAGAGAGUUAAGGUGGAACAUAUCUCAGCCAUCCAGAAGACCAGGGAGGUGUUCCAUGCAGGAGAAAUAAACCCACUUGUGUCCUAAUAGUUGCCAAAGUUAUGGCUUCAGUUAAGGCUUCAGCUGUCUGUCUCCUUGGGUCUGCAACUAACUACACUGGAAAAACAGUCUCAGGUAUGAGUCAGAUUGGAAAGUCCUAUGGAUAUGGGAAGGCAACAUUCCAUUGUUUUCAGUUAAAAAGUAUUUAAGUUAAUAAAAGAAUGGAAAGCGA